AUGGGCGAGCCCGAGGAGCCUCUCCUGCGACUGGGCGUUUGCGCCAUGGCCAAGAAGGCCAGGAGUAAGCCGAUGCGCGCCAUCCUCGAGCGGAUAGAGGAGCACGGCGGCAUCGAGAUUGUCGUGUGGACCGAGCCGUUUGUCUAUGACGCGCCGGUCGAGGAGUGGCCUGUCGUGGACUGCAUGGUCUGCUUCCACUCAAACGGGUUCCCGCUCGAAAAGGCGGAGGCGUAUGUCUCCCUCCGCUCGCCUCUCCUCAUCAACUCGCUCAAGGAGCAGUGGUGGCUGCUGGACCGGCGCAAGGUCAGCAUGACGCUGGAGCGGGUCGGCGUGCCUGCGCCGCGCAUGCUCUUUGUGAACCGCGACGCCCCCGACGACCCGAACUUCGCGUGGACACCGACCGAGGAGGGCGACUUUGUCGAGGGCGACGAUUUCGUCGCUAUCGGCGAGAGGAAGAUCAUCAAGCCCUUUGUGGAGAAGCCAGUGGAUGCGAACCGGCACGACGUGCGGAUCUACUUCCCGUCGUCGGCGGGAGGCGGCUGCAAAUCUCUCUUCCGCAAGGUGGGCGACCGGAGCGGGCAGUGGAACCCAGACAUCAACCGCGUGCGGCGCGACGGCUCGUACGUGUACGAGGCCUUCGUGCCGACGGGAGGGAUCGACGUCAAGGUUUACGCCAUUGCGCCUUCCUACGCGCACGCCGAGGCGCGCAAGAGCCCCGCAGUGGACGGCAAGGUGGAGCGGGACGCGAACGGCAAAGAGGUGCGGCACGCGGUGCGGCUCCUCGACGACCAGAAGCGCGUCGCGUCCAAGAUCACAUCGGCCUUCCGGCAGGGCGUCUGUGGCUUCGACAUGCUAUACACACCGAUCGGCACCUCGUACGUGUGCGACGUCAACGGCUUCUCGUUCGUCAAGGGGAGCGAAAAGUACCUGAACGACGCGGCGGCGCUGCUUCACACCAUCUGCAUGGCCUCGCUCCGGCCCGCGCGCUUCCUCGAGAUCUGGGAUCGGCGGCAGGAAGAGGUUGCCGCGUCGGGCGACACGGACGAUGUGGAGGACCGCAGGACCGCGGUCCGUCGCCUCUCGUCCGCGAUGCCGAACGCGCCGUCGCCACGCGCCGACGGCGUGUCAGGCGAGGAGCUGCUCGCCGUGCUGAUCGUCGCGCGGCACGGCGACCGCACGCCCAAGAUGAAGUGCAAGGUGAACACCGGCGAUCCAGCGCUGCUCUCGCUGUACCACCGCUGGGCGCCCGAGGACGCGGCGGCAAAGAAGAAGGAGGUCAAGCUCAAGCGGCCGCGCCAACUGCGCGACGCACAGCAGGUGGUCGCGAAGCUGGUCGAGGAGCUCGCCUCGAGCACCGAGAGCAGCGACCUCGCCUCGAGCGCGGUCGACGACAGCGACGAGCGCAAGCUCAAGCUGAUGCACGAGGUGCUGCAGGAGGGCGGCCACUUCUCGGGGCUCAACCGCAAGCUGCAGCUCAAGGUGAAGAAGUCGGCGGCGGACGAGAGCGGGCUCUUUCGCGCCACCAAACUGCAGGCCAUCAUGAAGUACGGCGGCCUGCUGACGCCAUGCGGCUGCCACCAGGCCGAGGCAUUCGGGCGCGACGCGGCGGCGACGCUCUACCCCGGCGGCGCUGCGGGGCUUAUGCGCCUGCACAGCACGUUCCGCCUCGACUUCCGCUGCUACACAAGUGACGAGGGGCGCGUGCAGCAGACCGCGGCGCACUGGAUCCGCACUUUCCUCAACCUCGACACGUCCACCGGCGACAUCACGCCCAUCCUCUUCAACUACAUCAACAUCGACACUAAAAUGCUCGACGAGAUGCCGCACGCGGUCGAAGCCACCAUCGAGCGCGCGCGAGCGCGCAUCGGGGAGCUCAGCGCGCUCGGCCGGGCUGGCGGCGGCGGCGACGACAGCCUCGCGGACGGCCUCUCCUUUCACACGGCCGGCAAGGUGGCGGACCUGCAGCCCGCGGUCAAGGCCGCGCAGGGCGAUGGGAGCGAGACCAGUGGCGCGGCGAGUGACGACGAGAGGGAGGACAAGGAGCGAGACAGCCUGGUGCGGCAGUCGGAUUCGCCAGAGCCCGCGCCGCGGCUGCUGUCCCGCCGGCAGAAGAAGCCGGCGCUCGGCGAGAGCCUCUACUCGGCCUGGAUGCGCUGGUCGUCGAUCCGGCGCGCCUUCUUGCGGGACGAGGCGGUCGAGGGAGACAGCCCCUCCACCGCGUUCGACCUCAGCAAGAUCAGCGACAUCUUCGACUCGGCCUACUACGACACGGUGCAUAAUGCGCACCUGAGGCUGCCUCAGGUGGUCGAGCUCUUCGCGGCGAUCCGGCAGUUUGCGACUCGCGUCGUGCCCAAUGAGUACGGUGGCCUGCCGACGCGGCGGCUCAAGAUCGGCUCGACGAUCUGCGCGCCGCUCCUCUCCAAGCUCACCAAGGACAUUGACAAGUGCCUCAGCGACCCGAGCCGUCCCGGCGUCGUCAAAGAGGGGGCGGCGGCGGGCGAGGCGGCGAGUGACGACGACGGCAGCCGCACCUUCCGCCGAGCCGCAGUGCGCGUCUGCGGUGUGAGCGACGAGGCGGCCGUCCCGCCGCAGAACAGCUUCCAGGCGGAGGAGGAGCAGGAGCUGCUCUUCCUGGACGUCGAGGAGGCGGAGAGCAAGGGCAUCCGGACCGCGCGGCGGCGGGUGCUGACGCGCGCCUACUUUACCAGCGAGAGCCACAUCAUGAGCUUCGUCAACGUGCUACGCACCGCGCACCUGCUCGACAACAAGGCCGCAGCUGUGCCCCUCGUGUCGGAGGAGGCGGAGGCGCACCUCGCAGCAGACUACCUCGGCUACCUGAGCGCGGUCGUGAUCCGCGUGCUGCAGGCGCCCGGCGCAGCCGCCCCCCGCGUCGAGAUGCAGGUGAGCGCCGGCGCGAGCCUCGACGGAACGGGCGGUUGCCCGGCGCUCGAGCCGCGGCGCCGGCUAGACCACCCCCAGCUCACCCUCGAGCGGCUGCACGCGGCCCUGCGGAGCUGCGAGGAGUACGGGAGCAAGCAGAUCAACUGGGGGUCCGUCGAGAGCUCGGCAGAGGACCUGCUGGGGGCGGAGUGA